CCCGCCUCUUGUCCCACCCCUUCGCACACAAGAUGGCGGCGCCCAGAGGAGUCGAGGCUGCGUUUGGGGUUUGCUGAAGAUGAUCCCCUUUCCUGCUCCCUCUUUGGGCGCGAAGCGCCGCUAGCAGGAGGACGGGGGCCGGGCGGGGACAGGGCCACCUGCGCGGCUGGACGGCGAGCCCUCGCCCAGCUUGCGCCGCCCCCACCCGGCCCCGGCCCCGGCCCCGGCGGGACCGCAUCUCACCGCUUCCCGUUCUCCAGGUCUGACCCGUUACCUGGCCGUGGCACGCUACGCCAGGCCUCCGAGGCUGAGUUCCCUCCUCCAGCCCGGGCUCGCCUUCACGUUAGAGAUGUUCAGCCUUUUCCCUCCCAGCCAGCCCGCUUUCAAAUCCAGUACUCCUGGAGCGGCGCCCGGCCCCGCUGGCCUCUACUGAGCCUCCGCUUCAGCCCACUGCUUCGUAGAUCUUGGUGCCCCCGGGUUAGAGGCUGUUCGCGCUCCUUCCGGAUGAACCCUUGACUCCCUGCAGUACUGACAACCUUGGCAGCGCCCUGCGCUCAGGAGCCAGCCUUCGUGUUUGGACUACCCUCCCUCCCCUUACCAUGGAGGCUGUGUACCUGGUAGUGAACGGGGUGGGCCUGGCGCUGGACGUGCUGACCUUGGUGUUGGAUCUCAACUUCCUGCUGGUGUCCUCCCUCCUGGCUUCCCUGGCCUGGCUCCUGGCCUUCAUCUACAACCUGCCGCACACAGUGGUCACUAGUCUUCUGCACGUGGGCCGUGGUGUUGUGCUUUCACUGCUGGCCCUGGUUGAAGCUGUGGUAAGGUUCACCUUUGGAGGCUUGCAGGCCUUGUGUACCUUGCUCUAUAGCUGCUACUCCGGCCUGGAGAGCCUAAAACUCCUGGGGCACUUGGCCUCCCACGGGGCUCUGCGCAGCCGGGAGCUCUUGCACCGGGGUGUCCUCAAUGUGGUCUCCUGCGGCCAUGCUUUGCUCCGCCAGGCCUGUGACAUCUGCGCCAUUGCCAUGAGCCUGGUGGCCUAUGUGAUCAACAGUCUGGUCAACAUCUGCCUCAUUGGCACUCAGAACCUCUUCUCCCUGGUGCUGGCCCUGUGGGAUGUGGUGAUGGGGCCUCUUUGGAGGGUGACAGACAUUGUGGCUGCCUUCUUAGCCCACAUUUCCAGCAGUGCUGUGGCCAUGGCCAUCCUUCUCUGGACCCCCUGCCAGCUAGCACUGGAGCUGCUGGCCUCAGCUGCCCGCCUCCUGGCCAGCUUUGUGCUUGUCAAUCUCACUGGCCUGGCUUUGCUGGCUUGUGUGCUGGCAGUGGCGGUGACCGUGUUCCACCCCGACCUCACACUAAGGCUGGCCACCCGCGCGCUCAGUCAGCUCCAUGCCCGGCCGUCCUACCACCGGCUCCGAGAGGAUGUCGUUCGGCUGUCUCAAGUAGCACUGGGAUUGGAAGCCUGGCGCCGAGUCUGGAGCCGCAGCCUACAGCUGGCAAGCUGGCCCAACCGAGGUGGGGCACCUGGGGCCCCCCAAGGUGGCCCUAGGAGGGUGUUUUCAGCCAGGAUCCCAGGACAGGCCACCCUUCCUGAAGGAGCGCCCAGGUCCGAGGCAGCAGAGGAUGUGGUCAGGAUCAUCAGAGCAACACCUGCUCGGGGCCGGGAGAGGCUGAACGAGGAGGAGGCCACAGCAGGGCAGGACCCGUGGAAGUUGCUGAAGGAGCAAGAGGAGCGGAAGAAGUGUGUCAUCUGCCAGGACCAGAGCAAGACUGUGCUGCUCCUGCCGUGCCGACACCUGUGCCUGUGUCAGGCCUGCACCGAAAUCCUCAUGCGCCACCCUGUCUACCACCGCAACUGCCCGCUCUGCCGCCGGGGCAUCCUGCAGACUCUCAAUGUCUACCUCUGAAGAUGCCCUCCCUGCCCGCCACCUUCCAUGCUCCACAAAGGCACCUGCGCUAGGACAGCAUCAGCACCUCCCCUCUGUCCUGAAUCCCCUCCUGUCUCGUGGCUGUCUUGCCAAGCCUCAAGCCAUACAUCUGGAACUUGGUUGCACAUGGGCCAGUCUGGUGGGGCAGGAUAACAUAGUUCUCUGUUCCUGGGGGGUCCCUGUGAUGCUGAGGGUGGUGAGUAUGUCACUAUGCAAGGGCCCUGAAACUUGGUUGUGCUCUGGCCGACCCAGGGCCCACCCAGAUGCCAGCGUCUGGGGCCAGCCUCUCUCUGCUUCCAGUUUUUCUGUUGGGGGAUUUGUAGGUUCUUUCUCUGCCUCCUUCCCACGCCUGCCCACUGCCCCAGCUUUUGCAGCCACAACACAUCAGUGUCCUCUGGGUAUUUGGGCAACUCAAGGAUCUUGGAAUAAUCUUAAACUUGUGUUCAGCCAGAACCUCUCGGGCCUACUAGGUAUGAGGGUAGACUGUCUCAGGUGCCCUUAGCACCACUUCUUCCUGUCAUGAUCUCAGGAGGCUCCCUCCUGAUCGGAUCACAAAGUUGGGAUCUGGUUGUUUGCCCCUGGUGGUGGUGGUGGUGGGGUGCAUCUCCACCUGGCUUUGGGACCAUAUAUCCUGGGGCACCCAAGCUCUAUGGGGAGCCUUAGGAGAGGCAACCAGACUUCCUCUCAUUCCCCUUGCACUCCCCACAUCACGUAAGGCAGUGGCAUUCCUUUUCUUUGUCUCUCCCUGGCAUUGGGGAGGGCAGACUGCAUAUCUCACUAGGGUCCAGGUAGAAGAAGCCAGGGCCUAGGGCCAUGCAGCUCUCUGAGGGGUCUGCCCAGUUUCUGAUGAAUAAAGUUAGGUUGACAGCUCUGA